GAUAGUGAGUUGGUCACAUAUUAUUUAAAAAAAAGGUUAAGGGAAAAUAAAAUAAUUUUAAGCGUUACUGCCAAUUUAAUGCGUUCGCAAAGUGUAUGGUCUUUGGUAUGGUAAACAGAUUUAUCAUACAUUAUUUGUGUAUAAUGUACAUGUAUAUUUUAGGAACAUUCCAGUACCUUUUGGGAAGUAGACUGCCAGAGUAAUGGGGACAAGUUUUUCAAAGAUAAUUUCCGAAUGGAAAGAUCCUGCUUUGAAAAAUUGUGCAGCAAACUUGAAAAAAUAGCCAAAAGAAAAACGAACUAUCGAAACCCGAUUUCACUAAAAAAGCGCGUGGCAAUUGCUCUGUAUGCACUAGGAUCUUCUAGUGAAUACAGAUCAAUUGGACAUUUGUUUGGAGUAGGCAAAGCAACUGUUUGCAAAAUACUCAUCGAGUUUUGCAAUGAAGUUGGGACAUCUUUGGCUCCAAUAUAUUUGAAAAAUUUUCCACUGACAAGGGCGCAAAUUGAGCAAUAGAUGGAUGUCAUAUUGAAAUUCAUCCAAGAAAGGAAGAAGCCAUUGAUUACUACAACUACAAAGGGUGGUAUUCCGUAGUACUAUUGGCUUUGGUAGACGCAAAAUAUAGAUUUGUUUAUAUACAUUGCGGCAGUCCUGGAAGAUGCAACGACUCCGGAAUUUUUGAAAAAUCAUCGCUAAAGCGCGAGUUGCAAAGUUGUGCACUUCUUGAUGAAUUGAGCUUGCUGUAUGGAUCCACAAAAAUACCAGUCCAUAUUAUAGGGGACUCUGCUUUUCGUCUCUCUCAGCAUUUAAUGAAGCCAUAUCCGCAUAGUGUGACCAAUACACCCGAACCAAAAAAAUUCAACUAUAGAUUGUCUAAGUGCCGGCGUGUUGUGGAAAAUGCUUUUGGCCAUUUAAAAGCCCGAUUUAGGAGAAUUGGAAAAGGCGUGGAUAACCACAUCAAAAAUGUAAACACAGUUAUUUCAUGUGCAUGUGUUUUACAUAAUUUUUUGAUUGCUGAGAAGGAUUUAAUUUUGGAAAAUUGGCGAGUGGAAAUGCAUCGCGAUUCCAGGCGCAAUAUUCAAUACGGCACCAAUGCAGUUGACCGAUCUGAAGGAGAAUCGAUAAGAAAUGCGUUAAAGGAAUAUUUCAGUGCGGAAGCUUCGUUCAGUGCUGGAGACGAUGGUGGCGAAAAUGAAAACGAAGCAGACGGAGCAGCUGAAAAUGAGGAGCAUGAAGGUGAUAUCGGCGAAUUUGGUGGAGCUGGCGAAGCAACCGAAUCAGGCAUGCCUACAUAUAUAAAUAGAAAUUAACAUUAUACAAUUAGAUGUAAAUACAAAUAAAAUUACAUAUAUAAAUAAAAGA